GCUGUCUCGGUGGUUCCUCGUCUGGUUAUAGAUAUAGGUGACUUGACUGGACUCUGGCAUUGACACUGAGAUGCGAUCAUUUUUUUGUACCAGGUAAGGCCCACUGAGCUAUAUAUAUUUAGAAGCGACCAUACCACAAUUGGAAGCUCAACAAAGUGGCUUAUCAUGCGGAAAUGUACAGAAACCAGGUACUCGUGUUUCUAAAACCGGACGGCCCGGAUAAAAUCCACGUGACCACGGGGAGAACACGCAAACUCCAAAUAAACAGCAGGCGUCAGGGUCGAGAUCGAACCCACGACCUCCUGCAUACCAGGCGAGGGAGUUAACAUCUCCUAGCCACCGUGGCGCCCCUCUGCUGAAGGUUCUGACCAUCCUUGUGUCUUCUUGCAGGUUCCGAGUUCUGCGAUGGAGAAAUUCGCUCCAUUGCCCGCGGACUCAAAAUAAUAACAGCGCCCCUCCUCCUCCAGAGCCGGCUAAUUAAUUACAAAUUACUCUCACUUAAUUAGCGCGCGCGCCUAUUUAUUUAACGUAAUUAUUUAUUGAUACGGUUAUUUAUCCAUUAGAUUAUUUAUUUCCUAUUUACGGUGCUUAACGAUAACGGGAACAGUCCGGAACGCUGUGCCCGCGAACUUAUUUUGGCACCCUGUCGUAUUCAUCACGCUUUAUCUUGUCCUCAUGAUACAUUAUCGUCAUCGUAGGAUUAUGGGAAAAAUAGGGUAGAAUUAUUUAGGAUUAUUGUGGAUAGACGUAGAUUGUGUUGUAGUGUUAGUGCCUUACACAGAUAAUCUCUACGACCCCAUACCAAGCCUCGCAGCCAGCGUUCCGGCAAAUAUCGAGUGGGUUCGGAAAAAAACUAACUAACCCCUGACGAAUUGCCACCAUUAGUAUAAUCAUAAUUAUUAUUGACAACUAUUUUUUUGUUUUUUAAUGUGUGGAGCUAUCUAAUUAAGUAAAACAAAGAGCGAGAGCGAGCGAGUUGAGUUCACAAUGGCCAGUCACUCGAAGGCCCUGACCUUCUCCAUUGAACGCAUCAUGGCCGAGGCUCCCAGGAGAUCGGACAUUCUGGCCAGAGCUCGCGGCGUCGCCGGCCUCGCCACCGCGAGCUUCACGGAGCGCUCUCCAGCCUACGCCAUUCCGCUGCUGCCGUGCGCCACGGUGAGUGGAAGCGAUGGGCAGCAGCAGGCGCGCUGCGGGUGGCUGCCCUUCAAGAACUCCGGACACGCCAUCGUGUUCCAGCAACAACAACAACAGCAGCAUCAGCAGCAGCAGCAGAGCCAGCAAGAGGGUGUGGAUGGACCGGAGCCACCUGCGAGUCUUUGCGAGUCCAAGGCCGCUCUCGGCUGGACCGGGUCUGCAGCCGGAGCUGGUCGCUGUUUUCCCCAAGCGGGGGUGCAGACGGGACCCCCGGCGCUCAGGGUGGUGAGGCCGCGCGCACUGAGCGCGCAGCCACUCACCAGGGCCCCCGCGCCCCCCAUCAGCUGGUGCCUGCUGGGAGGAGGGGCGCUCAGCGGCGGGGUGGCGCCGAACAAAGCGCUGGUGGGUGGAGCGUCAGGGGAAGCUACGGCCCCUUCCCAAAGGAACCCUGCCCCCUCGUACCCACAGCGCUCGGCGGAGAAGCGUCGGUCGGAGCAAGGAGUUCACGCGGGGGUCACAGCGAGGUCGCAGGCCUCCAGGACCGCCGGCCACGCAGCGGCACUCAAACCCAAGCACUUCACGUGCGAGGUGUGCGGCAAGGUGUUCAACGCACACUACAACCUGACGAGACACAUGCCCGUGCACACCGGCGCGCGUCCCUUCGUGUGCAAGGUGUGCGGGAAGGGGUUUCGCCAGGCUAGCACGCUGUGCCGACACAAGAUCAUCCACACGCAGGAGCGACCCCACAAAUGCUCGCAGUGCGGGAAGGCGUUUAACCGCAGCUCUACGCUCAACACCCACGUGCGAAUCCACGCCGGCUUCAAGCCCUUCGUGUGCGAGUUCUGUGGCAAGGGAUUCCACCAGAAAGGCAACUACAAGAACCACAAGUUGACGCACAGCGGGGACAAGCAGUACAAGUGCGGCGUGUGCAGCAAGGCGUUCCACCAGGUGUACAACCUGGCCUUCCACAUGCACACGCACACGGAGCGCAAGCCGUACACGUGCGUCGCGUGCGGCCGCGGCUUCUGCCGCAACUUCGACCUCAAGAAGCACGUGCGCAAGCUGCACGAGGCGGCGGCGGCGGCGGCGGGCGGCACGGACGGAGCCGUGGCUGCUGCUGCUGGUAGAGCUGCUGGACCAUGA